CGCAGAAGCGGAGGGGCGGGGCCCGGUGCGUGGGGUGAGCGCGGCGCUGCGGAGCGUGGUAUGGCGGCGCCGGGAGCGUCAUGGAGGGCCGCUGCUACGGGUGUGCCUGCAAAUUCAGCCUCUUCAAGAAAGAGUGCGGCUGCAGGAGCUGCGGGCGCGCCUUCUGCUCGGCAUGCCUGAGCUUCAGCGCCCCGGUCCCCCGCUGCGGGAGCGCUCCGCAGAAGGUGUGCAAGCAGUGCCACGGCAAGCUCACCGGACAAGAAUCUCAAAACAGUUCAGCAAAAUGGUCACCACCAGAAAACUACAAAAAGCGUGUUGCAGCUUUUGAGGCUAAGCAAAAACAGCUGAAAGGACAACAGAAGGCAGGUGCAAAACCACUCAGUCAAGAUGGCUCCAGAUACCGAGGGCUCUCCAAAGAGGAUAGAGCUAUUGCGGAGAGACUGGAGAAGCUCAGGGAGGAAAGGAAACCCAAGUCCAUCCCUACACAGGCUGAGAUCGAAGCUAGGCUGGCUGCACUGAAGGAGGACUACCACGGACCUGUUCCAUCCACACAGGAAAUGGAGGACCGGUUGGCUGUCCUGCAGGGGAGAGCUCCUCCUUCCCGGGCUCCCAGACCAGUACACCAACCCCCUGAUACCAGAAGUCUGUCGCAGCAAACAGAUGACCUGUUAACUCAGCUGGCUGAGGAGGUUUCCAUUGAUGAGCACUACAGUCCAGGAGUCCAGCCUCAAGCUGUUGGUGGCCAAAACUUGAAUGACCUGAGUCGGGAAAGUGAAGAUUGGGUUUCCCAUGCAAAUCUUGACCCAAAACAGCUAGAGGAAGAGAAGAAUAAACUUCUGGCAGAGGCUGCUGCUGAGCUGAGAGAAGAAAACACUAGGCAGGAAAAAAUCUUACAAGUUGCUAAGAGAUUGGCCGUGCUUAGAGGCCAAGACCCAGAGAAAGUUACGCUGGAAACUUAUAAGUUCCCUGACAGUGAUGAGGAAUUGGAUGAGGAGGAAGCCGUUCGGAGAGUACUAAAACAGCUUACAGAGGAAGCAGCCCUGGAUGAAGCAAGUGGAUUCAACAUUCUUCCAGAUCGGACCACUCAGCCAGGAUUCUCACAACAGAGCUUGCAUAAAAAAACAAAGCAAGAGUCAGUUCUGGGAGAGGAAACAAUCUAACCAGCUUCUCCAGAGCAGACAAGCUGAGAAUUAGUGGCAUCUGCAAGGCUGACAAAUCCUGAACACAGCUGUGAGUCAUCUUUUACUUCUAAAAAGAAUUGCUCUGUGGAAUCCUUUCAGGCUAGUUUUCUGCUGAACGGGAAAGUGUCCUUUAAAUCUAGUGAAGUCAAUCAGAAUUGACCUAGCAAAGUGAAUAUUACAGAAUUUUUAACUCGCAAAUAAAAUUAGACCAAGAAAGCCAUGGUCUAGUACCAUCCACUUACCCUGAACCAGGGUAAGUGGGAGGUUUGCCAGUGCUUUCAGCAUGUGCAGAACAGAAUCUCCAGAUAGUAAUCAGUUGGCUGAGUUCUCUUAAAACGUCAGAGGAGGCUAUUGGUAAGAAGAUACUCUACGUUCAAUUAUGGAAAUGUGUACACCUUCUCUAAUGUAUAUUAUGAGAAUUAAGUGGACCUGUGAGUCACAGACACUGGACAGGCCUGUCCCUGGUGCAAUAAAUUAUUUAAUUGUAAGCAUUGUUGAAAACAGCCAUCUCAUAGGUAUGCCACCUUGCACUUUAGGGAUCACAGAAUUGCAGGGGUUGGAAGGGACCUCGAGAUCAAGUCCAAGCCCUUGCUAAAGCAGGUACAACUGAUCUAAAAGCCACCUUAUUGCAAUUGUGUUAGGAUGCUGCUUUUGCCAGUGGUCAGGUACUGUGUUUCAGUGUGCAUUAGGUUGUUCAGUUCUCCAAGGGCUCUUUGUAACGCAGAAGGCAAUGGGGGCUUUGUGGAUACGAUUAACACUGUAAUUCCAGCAUACCUUCUCAGCCCAACCUCAGGUACAAAUGAGUGCUAGUGGCCUGAUAGCAAACUAUUUUCUUUGUCCCUCAGUUUUCUUUUUCUAACAUGGAGAAAACUGAAACCCCUGUUCUUUGCACCUUUCCAUUGCUUUCCCUCCACACAUAACUCCUUUCAGCAAAGCUGCUUGAUCGCUUGUCUUUGCAGCAGGGAUAGUCUGUUACUUGGUGUUGCUGUGGUGCCUGCUGGAAGAUCUGGGCUUAAGCCUUUAGCACAGUACAGGUGAUGUUUAU